AUCACUCAUUCUUCACAGAAACAAGCUAGUUAGCUGCAUUACAGCUUCAUUUGAAUCAUAAACAUCAGACACAUUCUUUCAAUUCAGACAGAAAAGACGACGAUGGGGUCUUGGGUCCGCGUUUUGAUCUUUGUGGCUAGUGUUCUACCCUUGUUAGUCCAAUCUGAAGUUCGGAAAUACAAGUUCGAUGUGGUGAUGAGGAACACCAACCGGUUGUGUUCUAGCAAGCCAAUUGUGACAGUGAACAACCGCUUUCCAGGCCCUACGCUCUUUGCCAGAGAAGGCGACACAGUCCUCGUCAAUGUUGUUAAUCAAGUCAAGUACAAUGUUUCCAUCCAUUGGCACGGUAUCAGGCAACUAAGAACAGGGUGGGCAGAUGGACCAGCAUACAUCACACAAUGCCCUAUUCAGCCUGGACAAAAUUAUGUGUACAACUUUACUAUUACAGGCCAAAGGGGGACGCUCUUGUGGCAUGCGCAUAUUUUAUGGCUACGUGUGACUGUUCAUGGCGCCAUUGUAAUCCACCCUAAGCUUGGGGUUCCUUAUCCUUUUCCCAAACCCCACAGGGAAAUUGUUGUCGUUUUAGGUGAAUGGUGGAAAUCGGACACUGAAAAUGUGAUCAAUCAGGCUCUUAAAUCAGGGUUGGCACCAAACGUCUCAGAUGCUCACACCAUCAAUGGCCUACCAGGAUCAGUCUCAGGUUGUGCAUCACAGAAUGCAUUCCAGUUGAGUGUUGAUAGCGGAAAAUCAUACAUGUUGAGAAUCAUCAACGCUGCACUUAAUGAAGAACUCUUUUUCAAGAUUGCUGGACACAAGCUAACUGUAGUGGAAGUGGAUGCCACAUAUGUAAAGCCAUUUAAAACAGAUACAAUCCUAAUUGCGCCAGGCCAAACCACCAAUGUUAUAGUUGAUGCAGAUCAAAACUCUGGCAAAUACCUUGUCGCUGUUGCACCAUUUAUGGACUCUCCAAUUGCUGUAGACAAUGUGACAGCAACAGCAACUUUACAUUAUACCGGCACUCUUGCAAAUGCUCCAACUACUUUCACAAAGCCCCCGCCUCAAAAUGCUACGCCAGUCGCUGAAAACUUCAUACAAUCACUACGAAGCUUAAAUUCAAAAACUUUUCCAGCACAAGUGCCAUUAACAGUUGAUCAUUCCCUUUUUUUCACAGUGGGACUAGGCGUAAAUCCUUGUCCUAGUUGCAAAGCUGGUAAUGGUAGUCGAGUCGUGGCUAAUAUAAACAAUGUGACAUUUGUCAUGCCUACUACAGCUCUUCUUCAAGCACAUUACUUCAAGACCAAAGGAGUUUUCACCACUGAUUUUCCAGCAAAUCCACCUUUCCCUUACAAUUAUACAGGCACGCCACCAACAAAUUUAGGAACCACAAGUGGCACAAAACUAUAUAGACUGCCUUACAAUGCCACAGUUCAAGUUGUCCUCCAAGAUACCAGCAUUAUAUCACCCGAAAAUCAUCCUAUUCAUCUCCAUGGAUUCAACUUCUUCGCAGUAGGCAGAGGAGUCGGAAACUUCAAUCCGAAGAAAGAUCCUCAGAACUUCAAUCUUGUUGAUCCUGUGGAGAGGAACACAGUUGGUGUACCAUCCGGUGGAUGGACUGCUAUAAGAUUUCGCGCAGAUAAUCCAGGAGUUUGGUUCUUGCAUUGCCCCUUGGAAGUACACACCACAUGGGGACUAAAAAUGGCAUUCUUGGUGGACAAUGGAAAAGGCCCAAAUGAGUCGAUUUUGCCACCUCCACAAGAUCUUCCAAAAUGUUGAUACAAAUCAACAAAUGUAAUCAAUAGAAGUUGCAGAAAAUGAAAUCAGAGACAUCAAAUGGAAAGCCAGAAUAUAUAAACCUAUAGAUAACAUAAAGAGAUAAAAUCAAGAAUGAAGUGUGGUGAGAUCAAGUAGUAUUGGAACUUUAUGACACAUUUUUGAGUAGUUCUAUCAGCAGGACUACAACUUAAAGCAUAUAUGUAAUUUUGAGAUUUUCUUCUCAUGCUGGUAUCAAAAUUCAUAGUUCAUAC